GGAGUGUCAGAAUAGUUGCUCCGUUUCAACACGGCACGUUGAAGCAUGUCAGUGGCUUCUUCCUAACUUACUAAUCUGGACUGAUCUGGUCUGGAUCCCUUUUGCCUGUCACUCAUUUCGUUCAUGUAGUCUCCGUUAGCCCCCGUUAGCGUCCGUCAGCUACCGUUGGCCUCCGUCAUAUUCCUCGUGACUAGCCUUCAGGCAUGGCUCUUCGUGACCAAGACCAUUGUAGUUUUCAGUAGUCAGUCUGCGAAUUGUUCAGCGAAGUACACAGUAAAUUUUCCUCGUCGACGAUUAUUCGGUAAUCUGAAGCGAGGCGACCGGGGAUCAUGCUACAAUGACCCUCUAUCAGCGGCGAUUAGCUAGCGAGCCACGAGCUGCAUCGGGUUCUUUACUGGGUAAAGCACCACGAGUAAGAGGGUGCUGAAUCUCCGCCAGUAGUCCAAAGCAAGGCGACCAAUCUUGUCUAACAACGGUCAGCGAGCCACGAUGUGCAUCCGCUUCUUCACUGGCUGAUUCGUUGCCGUUAGUAGUUCAAAGCGAGGCGACCAAGAUCAACGAUCAGCGUCAGCAUCGGCAUCAGCUAGCGAGCCACGAUGUGCAUCGGCUUCUGCACAGGCUGCUGCGGUGCUUUCGCCGGCACGGCCCUGGGUCACUGCCUCUGCUCCUGCUGCGCCAUCGCCCCCUCGCGCGUUGCCGCGAAGUUCUUAUAUGGAGGGAUGUUCCUGGCCUCCGUUGUUGUCGCGUGGGUCGUGAGAGACUACGCCACCGCUGCACUGUACAAUCUCUACAGCUUCCAGUCCUGUGCGCCUGACAACCCCGCGUGCGUGGGCGCCCUGGCAGUGCUGCGGAUGAGCUUCGGCCUCUGCCUCUUCUUCGCGCUCAUGCUGCUCACCACUGCCGGUGCCAAGCACGAGGGCGGGUGCAGAGACCUUUGGCACUCGGGAUGGUGGCCGCCCAAGCUGCUGCUGUGGCUGCUGCUGCUUUUUGUUCCGUUCGUCCUGCCCUACCAGGUGUUUCAGGUGUAUGGCGAGGUGGCGAUAGCAGGGGCAGCGGUGUUCCUGGUGAUUCAGCUGGUGAGCAUCAUCAACUUCAUCUAUGUGUGGAACGACGCGUGGCUCAACAAUGAAAGAAUGCAUGUGUGGAUGGCAGUGGUAUCUGUCGUCUGCUACCUGCUCUUCCUCGCCGGCAUCAUCCUCAUGUACAUCUUCUUCGCGCCCGCCUCCUCCUGCUCCCUCAACAUCUUCUUCAUCACCUUCCUCCUCGUCCUUGUGGUGGUUCUCACCGCAAUAUCCGUGCAUCCCAAGGUGGAUGCAGGGCCUCUCACCACCGGCGUCAUGGCGGUGUAUUUUGCAUUCCUGUGCUGGUCCUCAAUCAUGAGCGAGCCGCCCUCUGAGGUCUGCAACACACGUCCUCGUCAGACAGGAUACGGCGGGUGGCUCGAUAUUAUGGCUUUCAUAGUGGCUCUCUUCAGCAUCGCAAUAUCUGUCUAUGCCACUGGGAUUGACUCCCGUUGCUUCUCGCUCCGGCCCUGCUCCCAAGACGAGGACAUGGCUGGUAACGGAGAGGUUCCCUACGGUUACGGCUUCUUCCAUCUUGUGUUUCUCACGGGUUCAAUGUACAUGGCUAUGCUACUACUAGGGUGGAAUAUGAACCAAACUCCGGUAGAGUGGAGCAUCGAUGCUGGUUGGGUUAGCACCUGGGUCAAGAUGGGUCUGUUAUGGGUAUCUGCUCUGGUUUACCUUUGGACACUAGUUGCUCCAUUUGUCUUGAGAGGUAGAGAUUUCGCAUAGUGGUCACUGUUUCACCAUCAACUUGGUAUCUGGCCAUUGCAAGCGAUGACAAAAGCCCGGGAAGGAACGCUGUUUUCCUUCUAGCAACCAGGUCAUAGUGGGCAGAACGCUGAGUCAGCUGGUGGGGAUCCAGGUAUCGACCCCUCAUACUAGGCGAUGACACCCCCGGACGAGAGGCAGCUGGCCGCAUCUGGGCGGCCUCAAUGACGACAGCGGCAGAGCUCGUGCUCAAGGCGGCUGCGGUGAUGAGGACAGGCGGCGACUGCGGCGGCUGAGGGCUCUCGGCGGUGUGGCACGACCUGGCGAUGACCGAGCCGAAGACAGCAGCUGCGGCAGGAGGGAGAGGGGACGCAAGGAGAAGGGGUGGUGUAGAGGAGAGGGCGUUGGCUGGCGUGUGGGCGGCAGCAGCGUCACCGACGUCGCACGGUCGGCUGCAGCCCGACGGCGCCGUCAACGAGCGGCGUCGAUGCUGCACGACGUGACGUCGAUGCGGUAUGACGUCGACGCCGCGACGCCAGUACGGCGGCGCUGUCACGCGACGGCCCGACGUCGACGGCGUCGCCACCAUGAGGCCACCGCGGCAUCUCAGAGAAGGUGCCACGGCAGCAGGCAAUCUGAAGGUUGCGAAGGCGGCGAAGUAACAGAGAAUUCGCAGCGGAAGAGUAGUGAGCAGGCCCGGAACGGGCGGCCUGCUCUAAUACCAUGUCGUAAAGGUAGGAUAGCUAGGACGCCAUGACUAUGGCGGUGGGGUUUAGCUAGGAGGAAGGCGAGGAAAAUGUCGAGAGAAAAUGUCAAUCAACUAGAAGAGAAACAGGUACAAGAAGGGGAGUUAUCCCCUCUACAGUAGGAUGCAGUAGCACAACUACCAAGCCUAUAAUUAUGUAAAAUAUAAUUUGAACACUUGG